CCAUGGUCAAAUAAAUGCAAUGCCGUACAAUAAAAUAUAAUAUGAGGAUCAAUUUCUACUUCAAUUAUCUGUCAAAAUGUUUAUUGGGAUAUUUUUGACGAUCGACAGCUGAUUACUCUUUUGACAUCUCGGAAUUUAGUAAUUAAAAUAUAUUUCCAUUAAACAUUUUUAAGUGUUUGUGAUUAAUUUUUACUCUUAUAAUAAACAAAAUUUGCAAAAACUGAAAAUAUAUUUAAAUAUUUUGAUUGUGUUAUCAUAAUUUUAAAAAAAUAAAUAUUUAAUUUUUAAAUUGUAAAAUUUAAUUUUUAUAAAAUCGAGUUUAUUAUUUUGCAUUUCUGCAAAAAAUUGUAACUAACAUAUUCUUAUUGGUAUAAGGGGGUGAAAUAUAGUAACAUGUACCAUGAUUAAAUAUUACAAUGAAAAAUCAAAUUGGUAUCAUAAUAUAUCAUUACAGGAAGAGGCUGAAAAACUUUUAAAAUCAGAUGAUUCGGAAAACGGAUCUUUUUUGAUAAUGCCAAAUUCAUUGCAGAAUGGUGAUUUAAUUCUUUCUGUUUUAUAUGAGAAUGAAGUUUCACAUUAUCAAAUACAUAAAAAUCAAAAUAAUGAAGAUCCAUUUUAUUCAAUAAAUGGAGCAAAAAUAUUUCACGGAGUCGAUACAAUUGUUGAUUAUUAUUCUGACUCCAAAAAUAUUACCAAAAACGCAAUAAUUACUCAUUUACGGGAACCAAUAAAGGGUGAAUUGCCGCCAAAAGAUAUUUUGUGCCAUGGUCGUACAAAUUUAUUACAUAAAGCCAUAGUUGAAAACGAUGAAAAACGUAUUUUGGAAUUGUUAAAGGAAGAAGAACGUAAUAUUAAUGCUCGUGAUCAAGAUGAUUUAACAGCGGUUCAUUUAGCUUGUUUGUAUGAGUGCAAUGAGAAAAUUUUCAAAUGUAUAUUAAAAGCUGGUGCCAAAAUUGAAUGUAAAGAUGCUUCAGGAAAUACACCAUUACAUUAUGCAUGUCGAACUAAAUCAUCAGGAUUUAUCAAAGCUUUAAUAGAUUCAAAUGUAAAUACAAUUCAUAUGAGGAAUCCAGAAACUGGUUGUGUGCCACUACAUGAUGCUGCGAAAUUUGGUAACAUGAAAGCAAUUCAGAUGCUUUUAAAAGCUGGUGCAACAACUAUGCCAAGAACGAAAUUAGUACAAUUUCCAUUAGAUUUAGCGAUUGAAGCCGGUCACUUUGAAAUCGCUGAAUAUUUAAAGAGAUACUCAGUAGAACCAGCUAAAACUAAAAGAAUACAUUGGUAUCAUGGAACUUUGGAUAGACAGGAAGCUAAUAAACUAGUUCAGGAGUAUGAAAAUAAUUUAAGAGAAAAAUUAAUGAAAAAAAAGAAAAUAAAAAAAAGUGAUAAAAAUCAAAUAUAUGCUAAUAUUGAAUCUAUCAAUGAAGAAAAUGAAAAGGAAAAUUUAGCCGAAUCGUUACAUUCUACGAACAAUGAUGAUCCAUUAAAAUAUUCAACCGAAGGGGUGUUUUUAAUAAGACAAUCUGCGAGAUCAGGAUAUGCUCUAAGUUUGUGGUCAGACAACCAAGUAAAACAUUUUAUUAUUUCCGAAUCCAUACAGCAUUUUUAUUUAGAUGAGGGACCUUAUUUCUUAUCACUAGAACAUUUAGUGCAACAUUAUUCUGCUUUUUCUGACGGUCUACCAGUCAAUCUUAGAUUUCCAGUACCUCCCAAAACGAAACCGCCUUUGCCAGCAUUUUCCACAAUGCCAAAAUCAGAAAAAAAGCGUUCUCAAACAAAAUCUUUAAAUGUCGAAACACUACCAGAGCUUCCAGAAAAAACUUCUUCAAAAACUCCGCUUCGAUAUUUUUCACAUCCAGGUGACGAUGCUCUAAAGCGUGUUGGUGGUUUAUUUGAAAGAAGUCCAACACCAUCUUCAUCAUCAGGUAAUUCGUCAAAUAAUCAAAUAGAUUGUGAACUAGGGGAAGACAAAAAUGAUUCAGAAAAAAAUAGUCCACGCGAUAAUUCGAUAUUUGCCAGUUUAAGAUUUUCCAAAACUUCUCCAAAAAAGAAUUUUAUUAUAGAUGGAAUGAGGAGCUUACGAAAAUCUAAAAAUAAAUCACCAUUGAAAUUUUCUUUAUCUGAGGAUAAACCAUCAUGUAAACCGCGUUCAAUAUUUCACGACGUCGACGACUUAAUACGACAACAACAACUGAAUGAUCCAGAAUUUAAUAUAAGGUCAGCUAAAGAUUUAAUGAAAAACCUUUGUUUUCAAGUUAGUUUUGUCGAUCCUAUUUAUAAAGUACCAACAAAUAAUCGUGCUAUAACUUCAGUCGACAAUGUUGAAUGUGUAAAUGAUAUUUGUGAAAAAGUUAAUAUAGAUGAUAAUACCACGCUUUAUGAAUCAGUAGAAGAAAUUAAGUCCGUCGAAGAUGGUGAUAAAUAUAUAGAUGAUACUGAUUGUGAUCACGAAGGCGAUAAAAUCACAGACAAAGAAAAUAAUGAGAACGGAAGUAUUAAGGAUAAUAGCGCCGUAUUAUCUUGUGAAUUAUUAUUUAAUAACCGCUAUGAUAUUGAAGUAGUUUCAUCAAAUAUUAAAAAUGAACCAGUUGGUUUGAAUAGAAAUAGUUUGGAAAGUACAGAUAGUAAUAGUAGUUUUGAUAUUAAAAGUGAUACGAAUUCGGUAAUAGUAGCAAGUGAAAAAAACGAUUUUAAUAAUAUUACAACGAAUAACUAAAAGAAGAAAGAAACGGAAGAUAAAAGGUCAAUAAAACUUAGAUUUAAAUAACAAAAUUCAUUAAUAAUAUUUUUGCACAAAAUAAUAACACUAAGAAAGCAUUUUUUUAAAAUAUGCAAUAGCAGAUUAAUUUUAAUAAAAUGUUCAAAAUUUAAUUUGUACUAAAAUUCAAAAUUUGCCAACUAUUUAUUUAGUUUCAUUUUUUGUGAUUUAGUUUUGUUAUUAAGAAAUAAA